UUCAAAUGUAUGCGCAAGGCUCAGCGGGACAUCCAACAUGGCGGCAAGCGGAGGCAGAGGGAAGAGUGGAGCCAGCAUGGACAAAAGCAUCACCCUCCCCGCUGACGAGAUAUUCCGCAAUCUGGAGAACGCCAAGCGCUUCGCCAUUGACAUCGGUGGCUCCCUAACAAAGCUGGCCUAUUAUUCUACCGUGCAGCAUAAGGUAGCCAAAGUCAAGUCAUUCGAUCACACCGGAAAGGAUGCUGACCAAGCAUUAUUAUAUGAAAUAUCUGAGCAAGAAGAGAUCACGGCCCGACUGCACUUCAUUAAAUUUGAAAACGCCUAUAUAGAAACUUGUCUGGACUUCAUCAAAGAUCACCUAGUGAAUACAGAGACGAAGGUUAUCAAGGCCACUGGCGGGGGAGCCUACAAAUUUAAGGACCUAAUCGAAAAGAAAUUGGGCUUAAAGGUUGACAAGGAGGAUGAAAUGACCUGUCUUAUAAAGGGCUGUAAUUUUGUUCUAAAGAAUAUUCCUCAUGAGGCAUUUGUUCAUGUGAAGCAUGCAGAUUCGGAGUUUCGAUUUCAAAACACUCACCCCAAUAUAUUCCCCUAUUUACUAGUUAAUAUAGGUUCUGGAGUUUCUAUAGUUAAGGUAGAGACUGAAGACAAGUUUGAGCGUAUAGGAGGAAGCUCUAUAGGAGGUGGUACGUUCUGGGGGCUCGGAGCUUUGCUUACAAAGACAAAGAAGUUUGAUGAAUUGCUGCAGCUGGCCGCCAAAGGACAACACACAAAUGUUGACAUGCUGGUGAAAGAUAUCUAUGGAGGGGCUUGCCAAAUCCUGGGAUUAACAGGAAAUCUGAUUGCAAGCAGCUUUGGCAAGUCUGCCACUGUAGAUAAAGAAUUCUCCAAAGAAGACAUGGCAAAAAGCCUAUUACAUAUGAUCAGCAAUGACAUUGGCCAGCUCGCUUGUCUCUAUGCCAAACAACAUAACCUUUCUCAAGUUUAUUUUGGGGGGUUCUUUAUUCGAGGUCACCCUGUCACUAUGCACACCAUCACAUACAGCAUCAACUUCUUCUCCAAGGGGGAGGUGCAGGCGCUGUUCCUCAGGCAUGAAGGUUACCUUGGGGCAAUUGGUGCAUUUCUGAAAGGCGCUGAGGAAGAUAAUCCCAACCUGUACAGCUGGGGGGAGAAUUACGCCGGCAGUUCUGGGCUCAUGAGCACCUCUCCAGAUGUCUUCCCCUUGCAGAGGUCACGAAGUGGAACAUUUGACAUGUUGGAGAUGGACCGCCUGGAACGACAACUAGUAAAUCUUCCUUUGCUCUUUGACCCAUCCUCUUAUGUUCCUGACACAAUGGAUCUUACAGAAGAUGCCAUGGCACGUGAAUACUGGCUCACUUGCUUUGAAGAUGCAUUAGAAGGAGUAGCUAAACGCGCUGUUGCCAGUCAGCCAGAUGCAAAAGAUGCGGUGGAUCGGGCGGAAAAGUUCCAGCAGAAGUACUGGAAUAAGUUACAGACCCUGAGGCAUCAGCCCUUUGCGUAUGGAUCACUGACCGUCCGCAGCCUUCUGGACACACGGGAGCACUGCCUAAAUGAGUUCAAUUUUCCAGACCCCUACUCAAAAGUAAAGCAGAAGGAAAAUGAUAUAGCGUUAAAAUAUUAUCAGAAAAUUAUCAGAUCUUUGGAUACAUUGGGCUGGGAGGAGAAACAGUUUGCACUGGUGAAAGGACUGUUAGCAGGCAAUGUCUUUGACUGGGGAGCAAAAGCAGUCUCCGAAGUCUUAGAAUCUGACCCUGAGUUUGGAUUUGAGGAAGCGAAGGAAAAGUUACAAGUUAGACCUUGGCUUGUUGACACUUAUUCUGCUUGGAUCGAAAGGUUAAAGGGUCCUCCUCAUAAAUGCGCCUUAAUAUUCGUGGACAACAGUGGAAUUGAUAUCAUCCUGGGAAUUUUCCCAUUUGUUCGAGAACUGCUGUCCAGAGGUACAGAGGUCAUCCUGGCAUGUAAUUCAGGACCAGCUCUAAAUGAUGUCACCUACAAUGAAUCCCUGAUUGUCACAGAGCGGAUUGCAGACAUGGAUACGAUUAUACAGUCUGCUUUGCAGGAUGAGAGGUUAUUACUGGUACAAACUGGCUCAAGUUCUCCUUGCUUAGAUCUGAGUCGCUUAGACAAAAGCCUUGCCAUGCUGGUCAAAGAGAGGCGCACCGACCUGGUCAUCAUUGAAGGGAUGGGCCGAGCCAUCCACACAAACUAUUAUGCAGUCCUGCAAUGCGAAAGCCUGAAACUGGCUGUCAUCAAGAACUCGUGGCUGGCCGAGAGACUGGGGGGCAAAAUCUUUAGUGUCGUUUUCAAAUAUGAAACUCCACCCAAAUGAGACAACUUACUGAUUCUUCUCAACCCGUUCCUCAGCGCUAGUUUUAUUCGAUUGUAAAGAAUGUAUUUUUAUUACAGGGAUGGGGGGGUAAAAAUUGCUGUAUUUAUAUUGUGCUUUUGUGCUGAGAUAAAAGGGACGAUAUGCGCCCAUAUAAAUAUAUAAAUAAAUUUAAAUUAUAUAUGA